GGCGGUCAGAGUCGACGAUUUCAAAGCACUGACUGACUGGACCAGUCCCUGGGGAAGGCAGAGGUAACCCGAAAACCCUACUGUUUCCCGAUUCUCAUAGUGGGACCAAAUAUGUAUCCGGCCACCGGCUUCAGCAACGGCCAUCGCCACCAACCCGCCGGCACUUUCAUGGAUAAGCGGCUGGGUUCGGGCCGCAGGGAGCGGGCCCGCAGCCGAGCUACCCGUGCCGGGCCACGCGAUUCGCGGGAUCCCGACCAGCGCUGUGACCAGAAACCUCCUCCCUGUACGGACUUCGACGUCGCCUACUUUAAUUCCUACGCUCACGUCGGCAUACAUGAAGAGAUGAUCAAGGAUCGUGUUCGAACAGAUACAUAUAGAGCUGCAAUCAUGCAGCAUCAGAGCUACAUUGCGGGCAAGGUGGUAGUAGAUGUUGGAUGCGGCACUGGCAUUCUCUCUAUAUUCUGUGCCCAAGCUGGAGCUAAGCGGGUAUAUGCCGUGGAUGCCAGUGAUAUUGCAGUGCAGGCCAAUGAAGUUGUUAAAGCAAAUAACUUGUCUGACACAGUCAUUGUGUUGCAUGGGCGAGUAGAGGAUGUCGAAAUUAAUGAGGAGGUUGACGUUAUAAUUUCAGAGUGGAUGGGGUACAUGCUCCUGUAUGAGAGCAUGCUGGGCAGUGUGAUUUGUGCAAGAGAUCGCUGGUUGAAACCUGGAGGCUUAAUCCUUCCUUCAAAUGCUACGUUGUAUAUGGCCCCGGUCACGCAUCCUGAUAGAUACAGCGAUAGCAUUGAUUUCUGGCGGAAUGUUUAUGGAAUUGACAUGUCUGCAAUGUUGCCUUUAGCUAAACAAUGUGCAUUUGAGGAACCUUCUGUGGAGACAAUAGCUGGUGAAAAUGUCUUGACAUGGCCACAUGCAGUAAAGCACGUAGACUGUUAUAGAGUCACUCUUCAUGAGCUAGAGUCCGUAUCGACGAGAUAUCGGUUCAAGUCGAUGAUGCGGGCUCCAUUGCAUGGGUUUGCAUUUUGGUUCGAUGUCGAGUUCAAUGGACCUGCAAUAUCUCCAGCCAGUAAUCAUGUUACCGCCACAUUUGCUGAAUCAUCAAAUGAUCAACCUAUGGACUACAGUCAGAGGAAGAAACGUCCCAAUCCAAACGAAGCAUUGGUGCUUUCCACUGCGCCGGAGGACCCUCCUACGCAUUGGCAACAGACAUUGAUAUACUUUUACGAGCCAAUACCAGUGGAGCAAGAUCAGCUGAUAGAAGGUUCUGUAACAUUAUCCCAAAGCAAAGAAAAUCCCCGAUUUAUGAAUAUUCACCUUGAAUACACUUCUGGUGGCAGAUCAUUUGUGAAGGAGUCAGUAAUGCGGUGAUAAAUUGAGCUUAUGUUCCUGGAAGGCGACUUAAAGCGAGACCGUGUCUAUCCUGUUAACAAGUUUGGGUGAUUCCAGCUCUGAGGCCGGCUUCUUCUUCCUAACGAAUUCGCGGCUUUCACUAAUUUUGCAGUAAGAUGAUUGAUCCAGAACAUUGCAAGAGUGGCAUGAAGAGCAUAUGGGUCCUGUUAACUCCAUUGCCGAGUCACUCCUCCGUCUGUCUUGUAUUCGUCUCGUCUGAUAUAGGUUUAGGAUAGGAGAACUUUUGAGUUUUAUUUCUUGCUAGGUCAAUCCUUGUUUUGUUGGUAGCAAGAACCGGAAGGAAGUGAUGAUUUCUUGCGUUUGUGAAACACCUCACCACAAAGAGAGGUGUUUGAUCGGCUUGACCAUUGGGAAUUCGGAUGCAUUAUUUUUUGUUCUCAAGGCUUGGUUCUUAUGAAAGAAUUGCCCUCCGUUCUCAGCGA